AUAUAUGGGGCCAGGUUUAAACCUGCUAUCCUUCGAUUAUGAAUCAAAUGCGUUAAGCAUUGAGCCACACGUCGCCCCUUUGUAGUGCCUUCAACUUCCAAUAGGUUAUAGCACAGAUCCUCUUUUUCCUGUUAUUUUAUAUUAAUUUCUAAUUAUAUAAUCCAGGUCCUCUUUCUCCCCUUUCUCUUGCCUUGGCAGGUUUCACUUUUCUUUAUCUUAACAAAUGCAAUACAAAAAUUUUUGUGGUGACAAAAGACAUCCCAUCCACUUAACAGUCCGAGAAGGACUACUUUUUAACAUUAAUCUAUUUUAUGUUAAUACGAUAGCUUUAUAUGAAAUUCGACAUACUCGGCAAAUGUAGGCUUUCAAAAUGUAAACUCACUGACUGUCAUUAUAAAUAGAAGGAAAAGAGAAAAAAUUGAUAUCCAAGAUUUCUAAUACGGUGCAUAAUACCAAAUUAAUCAAAACAUGCGCGUUUAUUAACUGCAUGGUGUAAAAAUGUAUAGAUGGACACAUAAAGUACCCGAAGUCCCGAUCCACAAUAGGUGAUUUCAGCCUUAAGCCAUAAGAAAUUGACCAAUCAUAAUCGAUUAUUCUCCUAUUCUUCAACUAUGAUUCGGAUGCGAUGUGAAUCCUCCAUUAUAUCCCACUCUUUAUUUCAUAUGUUCAUAGAGACGAUUUUAACCUAAAUCUGUGAUCUAAAUUAUUGUGCAUUCUUGCAGAACUUUGCAAGGCUUAAGGCUCGUCGACAAGGUGAUCUCCUGAAUUACAUUUUAAUCUUUCUUUUUGCUCUCAUCGCGAUAAGAACAUUAUAGAAAGAGUUUAUGGUGAAACUUGCGGAUAUCCGACAAUGGCGAACGGCUGGCGAGACACAAAUAUGCCAGCGAAUUCGAAGAGCCUGGAACAUAAUGAAUUUAUGAAACGUAUAAGAAAGUCAUUAUAUUAUUCCAAGUCACCAGUUAUUAAUUGUUUGAGUUUACCGGUUACAGAAUUGGCAGCCGAGCUUUUUACAGAAGUAAAGAAAGGUCAUACAUUGGAAAAACUUGAUGUAGAAGAAGCGAGUAGGAUAUCUAGAAAUGCAUGUGUUUCUCCUUGUUCACUCGUAUUAGCAUUGCUAUAUAUUGAGAGACUAAAGAACUAUAAUCCGGAAUAUCUUCAUCAAAUAGCGCCGUCUGAAUUAUUCUUGGUUUCUCUGAUGGUAGCCAGUAAAUUUCUGCAUGAUGACGGCGAGGAAGAUGAAGUUUUCAAUAAGGAAUGGGCAAAUUCAGGACAAAUGACUAUAUCUCGAAUGAAUAAAUUAGAAAAAGAUUUUCUUGCUGCAAUCGAUUGGAUGAUAUUAGUGCAGCAUCAAGAUUUUUGGAAAAGGCUACAGCAACUAGAGAAAGAUGUUGCAUAUCGAGAAAUACAGAAACGAAGAUGGUGCACAUAUACAGAAUUGAGUUAUCUAAUGAACUCCGUCCAAUUGAUCACGAUUGCACAAACCCUAAUUAGCGUCUCUUCGAUUUGUCUGGCGACUUACGCUGCCGGAUUAGCGACUCUCGUGGGAUCCACAAUAGUUGCCCACUUUAUCGCACAAUGUUGUUUACCUGGAACAUUGCUUAGCCCGAGGCAAUCGACGAUUCUAUCGACAAAUCUUACAUCGAUCGAAUUAACCGAUGCAUUGAUAAACGUGCAAUCCCAGGAAGUUGACGAUGAUGGUCUUCCGAUUUCCGAUUCCGAGAAUGUUGUAGAUUUUUCCACAAUUGUGGAAACUGAUGACGACGACAUAGCUAGUUGGAAAUGGUGGCUGAACUCAACGAUGACUUGGCUACCCGAGUAUUGUAAUUUAGAGAGUGACAUCAAAGUUGCGAAUUCUGCUAAUAGAUUGUGUGUGAAUGUCGAUUUUUCGCCCAAUUCAACGCAAGCUAUGAAGAUAAGAAAAAUAGAGAAUAUAGGGAAAACAAAGGCUUUCGCACCUGAAGACUAUCGCCGCAAUGUAAAUUGGAAAGAAAUACUGGAUAUGAUUUUAAACUGGCUGGAACAAGACUGGAGAUUAUCGCACCAGUUACAGCACAAAAGUGUCUUUCAGUCGCCAGAAUUAAAGAUUUACUAUUAGCUCGCUGACAAAAGCUUGCGUAUUAAACAGCCUUUUUUUCAAAAGAUAUAUAUAUAUACAUAAAUAAUCUAUAUUUUUUGUACUAACUUUUUGCAAUGUAACGUUCGAUACUAACAGUUUUUUUUUUCAAUAAAUAUUCGAUGCCUCAUGCUAAAAA